UAAAACCCUAAAGACACAUUUAGCUGCUUCUCAUCUUUGCUAUUGAGAGGGAGACGCCGGAGAGGAAAGAUGCAGAUUUUUGUCAAAACCCUGACUGGGAAGACCAUAACUCUCGAGGUAGAGAGCAGCGAUACCAUCGAUAAUGUCAAGGCCAAAAUUCAGGACAAGGAAGGAAUCCCACCGGACCAGCAGCGUUUGAUCUUUGCUGGGAAGCAGCUUGAAGAUGGUCGAACCUUAGCUGAUUACAAUAUUCAGAAAGAAUCAACCCUACAUCUUGUGCUGAGGCUUAGGGGAGGAAUUAUAGAGCCUUCUCUUAUGGCAUUGGCUCGCAAAUACAAUCAAGACAAGAUGAUCUGCCGCAAGUGUUACGCUCGUCUCCAUCCAAGGGCUGUUAACUGCCGGAAGAAGAAAUGUGGCCACAGCAAUCAGUUGAGGCCCAAGAAGAAGAUCAAGUAAACUCUGAUGCAGAGGUGUGCUUUUAUGGCGUUCAAAGAUUAAAAUGUUAGAUUUGCAAUAUUUUCUUGCAUUUCAGUUUUGGCUUUAACAGGCACACUAUUUUAAGAUUUUUUAUCGAAUUAAAUGAAGCAGAUACUUUAUUUUUGAA